UUGGCAUUUUUGUAUGCUCCGGUGUCUACUUCUGGGGUGAGAAGUUCUUUCGUCCUCGGCCCAUUUGGCACUUAUCCUUAUUCUGGUAGCUGCGGAUUGGUUGUGCUCAAUGCACCUUCAUCAAGUCCUUUCUUUGAGUACCUCUUUUGUUCUGUGAACACUGAGUGGAUUUUGGAUGGACUACAACUGAAGCUCAUGGAUAUAAUUGAUUCCAUUGAUAAUCUUCCGGUGCAAGAUCCGCCUGGCGAAGACUUCUCGUCAGCGGAUUUGAAUUGGGCCAAGUUUCGGAGUGCAGACAGAUGUGAUGAUGUGGCUCUAAUUCCUUAUGAUCGAGCUGAUGCCUUUAUCAUCGGAGAGUGUUCUAAGGUCGAGUGCCCAACUAGAUUUCACAUUGAGAGGGGAAGAAAACGGGCAAGUGGGAGCUUAAAAGAAGUCAAGAAUGAUGAUUAUUUGGAGUACAGGCUGUACUGGUGCUCAUUUGGGCCCGAAAACUACGGAGAAGGUGGAGGUAUAUUACCAAGCAGAAGGUAUCGGCUAAACACUCGAAACCGUGCAGCCAGGCCUCAAUCCAUGCGCGGCUGCACGUGCCAUUUUGUCGUGAAGCGUCUCUAUUCCCGCCCUUCCCUUGCCCUCCUCAUAUACAACGAGAGGCGCCACGUCAACAAAUCGGGCUUCAUCUGCCACGGGCCCCUUGACAGAGACGCUAUUGGGCCAGGGGCCAAGAAAGUUCCGUACAUAUGCAAUGAGAUUCAACAGCAGACCAUGUCCUUGAUAUACCUCGGAAUCCCCGAAGAGAAUGUUCUAGAAAAACACAUUGAAGGAAUCCAACGUUAUGGGGACUCGAAUGCAGUGGCCGAAAGUCUCGCCACUCGGUAUGUGCAGAAACUGGGCACGAUCAUAAAACACUCAACUCAUGAGCUGGAUCUUGACGACCAGGCGAGCAUACGGCUAUGGGUCGAACGAAACAAAAAGUAUGUUUUUUUUUAUCGGGACUCGACUGAAAACGAGCCUUUUGUUUUGGGGAUUCAGACGGAGUGGCAGUUGCAGCAGAUGGUCCGUUUUGGCCACCGGAAUAUGAUAGCGGCUGAUUCGACAUUCGGGAUUAAGCGACUGAAGCAUGCGCUCCCUGUUGCCUGGAUAAUUACUCGUAGUAUUGCAAAGCAAGAUGUAGUCAGCUGGAUGAAAGCUCUUCUUGAACGAGUUUGCUCGGUUGACUCCGGGUGGAAAGUCAAUGGGUUUUUAAUCGACGAUGCUGCCAUUGAACUUGACCCAAUAAGGCAAUUAUGUUUGCACGUGGAGAUAUUUUCCUGCCCUGUGCUGUUCUCCCUCUGGCGUGUGCGAAGGUCAUGGCUGAGGCACAUUGUUAAGAAAUGUACCAACAUCGAAGUUCAAAGGGAGAUGUUUAAACGUUUGGGCCAAAUCGUGUAUGGCAUUUGGGGUGGAAUCGAUAUUGCACUCGCUCUAGACGAGUUCUCGCUUGAUUUUGUAGAUCAGACUUCCUUUAUGCAAUAUUUUAAAGAUGCUUGGGUGCCAAAGCUAGAUGACACGCAACUUGAUUCUCUCCAGCGAGUCGACUGGUUGGUCUACAAAUUAACAACCGAACUCCACUCGAGCUACUGGCUCAACCGCUAUGCAGAUGAAAGCGACUCAUUCCUUCACGUGAAGGAAGAAUAUGUUGCCUCAACAUCCUGGCAUCGGGCCCUUCAAAUUCCAGAUGGCAGCGUCUCAUUGGACGAUAAAGACCGACUUUUCGCGAAAGUUGUCAGCCAGAAAGACGGCAGCUUGACUCGUUUGGUUUGGAAUGCUGGUUCGGAAUUCGCCCACUGUGACUGUGAGUGGUCAAUGCAAGGAAAUCUGUGCAAGCAUGUGAUUAAGGUGAAUAUGGUUUGUGAAAAUCUGCAGUGCUGUGGGCCUGUUAUGUCGUAUAGGUCUUUUAUGAAUGUUUUGAUGGAUCUAUGGAGGAAAUCGAUGGAUGAUUCGGUUGAGUUGGACAUUUCAGCUGCCUGGACGUGCCGAAUGCUUGAGCAGAUUGGGAAUUUUGUUCGUCUGAAUGAUUCGGAUGAUAUUGGACUCGUUGUGAAUGAUAUGCCGUUGAAAUGGGCUGAUAAGAAGGCCAGGUCGUCACUAUUCAGCAGGGGUUUGUCGAGGCUUGUUCAAUCCUCGGUGAAAAGACCAGAUAAAUUUGCUGCGCGUAAAAGGAGUAGGAAGAGGAAGAGAAUUUCUCGACUU